AUGAAUAUCUAUCUUUGUCUCUUCCUCAUUUAUCUAGCUACCUAUCUAUCUCUGUCUUUUCCUCAUCUAUCUAUCUAUCUAUCUAUCUAUCUAUCUAUCUAUGUCUUUUCCUCAUCUAUCUAUCUAUCUAUCUAUCUAUCUAUCUAUCUAUGUCUUCCUCAUCAUCUAUCUAUCUAUCUAUCUAUCUAUCUAUCUAUCUAUCUAUGUCUUUUCCUCAUCUAUCUAUCUAUCUAUCUAUCUAUCUAUCUAUCUAUCUAUCUAUCUAUCUAUUCUAUUCUAGAUCUAGCUAUUCCUCCCUUCAUCUUUCUGGCAAUGGUUCAUGUCUCAUUGUCACGCAAAUUAUCUAUCUAUCUAUCUAUCUAUCUAUCUAUCUAUCUAUCUAUCAGCCUGUUCAUAUCUCAUUCUGUUCAUAUCUAUCUAUCUAUCUAUCUAUCUAUCUAUCACAUUCUGUUUAUAUCUAUCUAUCUAUCUAUCUAUCUAUCUAUCUAUCUAUCUAUCUAUCUAUCUAUCUAUCUAUCACAUUCUAUUCUAUCUAUCUAUCUAUCUAUCUAUCUAUCUAUCUAUCUAUCACAUUCUGUUCAUAUCUAUCUAUCUAUCUAUCUAUCUAUCUAUCUAUCUAUCUAUCUAUCUUACAAUUUUUCAUAUCUAUCUCAGUCUCUCCAUAUCUAUCUAUCUCAGUCUCUCCAUAUCUAUCUAUCUCAGUCUCUCCAUAUCUAUCUAUCUCAGUCUCUUCAUAUCUACCUAUCUAUCUAUCUAUGCUUGAAUACAAUCAAAACGUUCCAAUGGAAAUCAGGAUCUAUCUAUCUAUCUAUCUAUAUCAGUCUAUUCAUAUCUAUCUAUCUAUCUAUCUAUCUAUCUAUCUAUCUAUCUAUCUAUCUAUCUAUUGCCACAGUGCCAGAUAUCUAUCUAUUUAAUUCAUUCUGUCCAUUAUCUAUCUAUCUAUCUAUCUAUCUAUCUAUCUAUCUAUCUAUCUAUCUAUCUAUCUAUCUAUCUAUCACCACAGUGAUAGAUAUCUAUCUAUUUAUUUCAUUCUGUCCAUAUCUAUCUAUCUAUCUAUCUAUCUAUCUAUCUAUCUAUCUAUCUCAGUUUUUCCCUUUCUUUUUUCUAUUUUUCUUCCGAUUUCCUUUUUUUCCUUUGCUAUAUUUCCUUUGUUUAUUUCUUUUGUUUCCCUUUAAAGAUACUAUCUCUACUUCACUUCCCACAGGCAGUGAAAAAAAAAAAAGGUCAACCUGUCUACUCUCAACCACUACUGUUUCAUCUUCUAUGUUACCGCCUCCCGUAUGUCUCACUAGACAGUCAUACCCCCGUUUGUCCCCCUUUCUCUUUCUUUUUUUUUCCUUCCCCCUUUUUGAAUCAACGUAUUAA